CCUUUGCUUUUAGCCCUCACAGGGGCAGGAGGGACCAAGGCUGGGCCCAGAACUCACAGUCCUAGGGUGACAGUGAAGGGGUCUUGGGGGAGCAGCGACUCCCCUCCAACCCCUUCUUCGCAGGGACUCUGGCAACCAAAGAAAACCAACUGGGAAAAUGAAGAACUUCUGGAAAAUUCCAGUUUUCUUCUUUGUAUGCAGUUUCAUGGGACCCUGGGCAUCUGCGGCUAUCAAGCGUCGUCCAAGAUUCCCUGUCAAUGCAAAUUCUAACGAUGGAAAUGAGCUCUGUCCAAAGAUCAGAAUUGGCCAAGAUGACUUACCAGGGUUUGACCUGAUUUCUCAGUUCCAGGUAGAUAAAGCAGCAUCUAGAAGAGCUAUCCAGAGAGUAGUGGGAUCGACUGCCUUACAGGUGGCUUACAAAUUGGGAAAUAAUGUAGAUUUCAGAGUUCCAACCAGGAAUUUAUAUCCCAGUGGACUGCCUGAAGAAUACUCCUUUUUAACUACUUUUCGGAUGACUGGAAGCACACUUGAAAAGAACUGGAACAUUUGGCAGAUUCAGGAUUCCUCAGGGAAGGAGCAAGUUGGCAUAAGGAUUAAUGGCCAAAAAAAAUCCGUUGCGUUUUCAUACAAAGGACUGGAUGGAAGUCUCCAAACCGCAAUCUUUUCAAAUUUGCCCUCCUUGUUUGAUUCCCAGUGGCAUAAGAUCAUGAUUGGUGUGGAAAGGAAUAGUGCUACUCUUUUUGUUGACUGCAACAGGAUUGAAUCCUUACCAAUAAAGCCAAGAGGCCCAAUCGAUGUCGAUGGCUUUGCUGUGCUGGGAAAACUUGCAGAUAACCCUCAAGUUUCUGUUCCAUUUGAACUUCAAUGGAUGCUGAUUCAUUGCGACCCCUUGCGACCCAGGAGAGAAACUUGCCAUGAGCUGCCAGCCCGAAUAACGACCAGCCAGACCACCGACGAGAGAGGUCCCCCUGGCGAGCAGGGUCCCCCCGGGCCUCCAGGGCCUCCCGGGGUUCCGGGCAUUGAUGGCAUCGACGGUGACCGAGGCCCAAAGGGUCCCCCAGGCCCCCCGGGUCCUGCCGGAGAGCCGGGAAAGCCAGGAGCUCCAGGCAAGCCUGGCACACCGGGCGCCGAUGGAUUAACAGGACCUGAUGGAUCCCCUGGCUCCGUUGGACCAAGGGGACAAAAAGGAGAACCUGGUGUACCUGGACCUCGUGGAUUUCCAGGUCGUGGUAUUCCUGGACCCCCUGGUCCUCCCGGGACAGCAGGACUCCCUGGAGAGCUUGGCCGUGUAGGACCUGUUGGUGACCCUGGGAGAAGAGGACCACCUGGCCCCCCUGGCCCCCCAGGACCCAGUGGAGCAAUUGGCUUUCAUGAUGGAGAUCCACUGUGUCCUAAUUCCUGUCCACCAGGUCGCUCAGGAUAUCCAGGCCUACCAGGCAUGAGGGGAGCUCAAGGUUUGAGAGGCAUCACCGGCAUAGUUGGGGACAAAGGGGAAAAAGGCCAACAGGGGCCUCCAGGAGAGGUGGGACCCCGAGGACCCCGGGGACUGCCUGGUGAUCAAGGGCGGCGAGGACCUCUGGGAGAGGCAGGUCCCAAGGGAGAUAGAGGGGCUCAAGGUUCUAGAGGAAUUCCUGGUCCCCCUGGGCCCAAAGGAGACACGGGCUUGCCAGGUGUGGACGGCCGUGACGGGAUACCUGGAAUGCCUGGAACAAAGGGUCAACCAGGGAAACAUGGGCCUCCUGGUGAUGCAGGAUUGCAGGGGUUACCAGGUGUGCCUGGAAUUCCUGGUGCAAAGGGUGUUGCCGGUGCAAAGGGUGCUCGGGGCUUGGAUGGAGAACCUGGGCCUCAGGGUCUUCCUGGUGUACCUGGCAAUCGAGGAGAAAUGGGACCCAUAGGAUCCCCAGGCUUACCAGGUAAACUGGGUCCUGUUGGUAACCCUGGCCUCCCGGGCUUGCCUGGGCCCCCUGGACUUCCAGGAAUGAAAGGUGACAGGGGUGUAGUUGGUGAACCUGGUCCAAAGGGUGAACAGGGUGCCUCUGGUGAAGAAGGUGAAGCAGGAAGAAGGGGUGAACUUGGAGAUACAGGAUUACCUGGCCCAAAGGGAUCUCUGGGUAACCCUGGGGAGCCUGGCUUGAGAGGACCUGAAGGAAUUCGGGGGCUUCCUGGAGUGGAAGGACCAAGAGGACCACCUGGACCCCGAGGAGUGCAGGGAGAACAGGGUGCCACUGGCCUGCCCGGUGUCCAGGGCCCUCCGGGUAGAGCACCGACAGAUCAGCACAUUAAGCAGGUUUGCAUAAGAGUCAUGCAAGAGCAUUUUGCUGAGAUGGCUGCUAGUCUUAAGCGUCCUGACUCUGGUGUCUCUGGCCUCCCUGGGCGGCCUGGGCCCCCUGGGCCCCCUGGCCCCCCUGGAGAGAAUGGCUUCCCAGGUCAGAUGGGAAUUCGUGGCCUUCCAGGCAUGAAAGGACCCCCUGGAGCUCUUGGUUUGAGAGGACCAAAAGGUGACUUGGGAGAAAAGGGCGAGCGUGGCCCUCCUGGAAGAGGUCCUAAAGGUUUGCCUGGAGCUACAGGUCUCCCAGGUGACCCAGGCCCUGCCAGCUAUGGGAGAAAUGGUCGGGAUGGUGAGCGAGGCCCCCCAGGGGUGGCAGGAAUUCCUGGUGUGCCUGGGCCCCCAGGACCUCCUGGCCCUCCCGGUUUCUGUGAGCCAGCCUCCUGCACCAUGCAGGCUGGUCAGCGAGCCUUUAGCAAAGGGCCUGAUCCAUGAAAGGCUCAGUGCUGCGUGGCUCUCUGCAUAAACCAUGCCUGGUGAAGGAGCUUGGAGGAGAAACACCACCUGAAGCUGGGGCAAAGAUGACAAUUACCUUCAACAUGAUUACAGAAGUCCUACUUGACAAUCAGAUUUAGAAGAAUGGUGCUAUUCAAUAAGUCCUCUUUCCUUCCCUUGGAGGGAAGACAGCAGAGUCAUUGGUUAAUAAAACACACACACAAACCUCCCUUUAAAUAAAUUUAUAAUCCUGUUCCCAGGAUCUUGAACUUGAGUGUGCUAUACGUAUGUGAUACAUUGUGGGCCACUGUGCCAAUAAACAAAAACAACUGUUUGGUUUACCUCAGUUGCAGUAGUUAUUUUCAUUUUUUAUUUAGAUGUUCUCAGAUUAUUGUUUCAGUUAUAUGGAAGAUUACUAGACUAGUUAUAAAGAAAUCCCACUACAUUCAGUAGAACUGGUGCUUAAAAUCCCAUCAAUGUGCUCUUUCUGGAGUGGCAAGAAAGGGCUGUGUCACCUGAAAUGAUUUUCUUAUAUCAUGUUAGUUUCCAUCUUUAGCCUGAAUUUUUGUUGAACUGUAUGUACUGUACCACAAACCUGUUAAUAUUUUGAGCUCUUCUAUGUGAAAGCAAAGAAAGAAUUUUAAUACCCUGGCAUUCAUGAAUUUUAUUGACGAGACUAUUUAUUUUAAAGGUUUGAGGUAACAUCUCUGGUUGUACCAAAGAAAUAAAUCCGGUUUCUCUUAAUCU